AUGGACCCACAUCCCACCAGGCAGCCACCGGGCUUGAUCAGGCACACACUAAAAAUCUUAAACCCCCGAACCCGGGAGCAGCGAACACUCAGGCAGAGCAAGGCACAAAACUCCACACCAGGUUACUACGUUCCACAGGGGACGUUGUUGUUAGUUGCCUUUGCUAUUUGGCUACUUCGGAUUUAUUUGUCAACCACUCACUCCUUAGUUCGCUUGCUUCAGGUGCAUUAUUGUUACUGGACAGCAAACAAAACCACAUUCAGGAACCUAAAUGUGGAACAUCCAUCUCCUGAUUGGACUCAACAUAGAGUAAAGCUAUUUCAGCGCCAAAGUGGUACUGCAACUACUACUUGGCCAUCAAAUAUAAAUGGUUUCCUUCUAAGCUUUUCAUAUGAACUUGACUGUUAUGCUUAUUACGAGGAAUAUGAAGAAGCCAAGCGUCUUGCCAGGCAAUACCUGGAAGAUUCCCAAGCCGAGAGUGAGAGAGAGGUGACCAAACGAAAGGUUAAGAACAAUAAGCGGUACCUGUCCAGCUCCGAUGAUGAAGCAGGUCCAUGCUCUACUGAGAGAACGACAGUUCCCAUGGCAGAGAGAAUGCUGCUGCUGAUAGAACCAUCCAGCAGAGAUGUUCCUGUUUCAAAGAGGACAACACUGCCAGCUGAGUCCCUCAACGGUGAAGAUUUAAUGGCCACAAGUACACCAAGGCAAAGAGUCACCCCAAGGCAAAAAGCCACUGAAGGCAAGUAACUUAAAAUACCUCUACCAAAACCUAGAGUGGUGUAUUAAAAUGUUUUGGUAGAUUUUUUUUUUGAGAACCUAUCAUUUUAUCAUUUCAG